AUGUACCAUUAUCGUGGACGAUUUUUUGGAAAAACUCCCGUGUACCUGUGGAACUCGGUUGACGUGCUGACAGAGAGCGGUCUCUUCCAGCACGGCGAAGUGAUCAAUGUGGCGGAGACCGGGCUGAUGGUGGAUUUCCAUUGCAACGGACAGCGAGCGCAGCUGGUCAGCUACAACAAUGCCUUGCACCCGUCCUGGUUUCCCUAUUCCUUGAUGCAGCAACACUGGUAUGAACCACUGCAGCCGAACCCCGCGGCAACGGAGAACGCUAGCGUGCAGGUUUUGUGUCGCCCGCACCUGGGUGCUGCAUGGUGCUGGUAUCCUGGGCGGUUGCUGCGGCUCCCGUUCUGCUUUCCAUGCUUGCAGAUCGGCCUGGUGUGGGUCGCCGUCGACUUGGACGGUCGCCGACUAACGGAACUGUUCUCCGCUGAUCAGGUGCGCUUCCCGCCGUCCAAGCAGCAGCUGGCACAACGAGCGCUGUCGCCGGACUACUUUGUAGUGCGAGAAUACCGCCUGCCCGAUGAAUUUUGGGUUACCCUCACGCCAAAGGCAGCUGAUGAUUUCCAUCGACAACUGGAGCUUGAGAAAGGUGACGUUCGUGUCAUAAGCAUUCUUGGUGGUGCAGUCAAGUACCUGCAACGAAGAAACGCCAAAGCCGUGACAGAAAAGGAAGUGCAAGAAGUGCGCGAGUUGACCGAAAAAACCUCCCAUCGCGUGCUCAGUGACGAGCAGGAUAAGCUUGGACUAGAAGUAACUGUCAUUGCGGCAGCGACCAGAAAGCGCAAGCACCCUGACGACGACGCACCACCGGAAGUCGAAUGUGUACUGCCAUCCGCGACGCAUCUGCUGCUGGAGAUCUUCCACUCACUGGAUAGCGUCAACCGCCAAAAACUGCGCCGCGUCUGUCCGCUGUGGAACACCGUGCUGACCGGCGCCGACAGCGUGACAAUAGUCCGUGUUUCCUUCCGGCUGAACCGGUUUUUUCCACGAAAAGAGGAGGAUUUCACCGACGUUUACGGCGCCGUGGCGGUUUUGCUCAAAUGCACCAAUGGCAAAACACAACGGGUCAUUAUCGAGGAUCUGUGCGCAGAACAGCUCGAUAUUGCAGUGGUGGUGGUUAAACGGGUGCUUCGGGAUAUUCGUGUGAAACAACUGAUAUGCCAUCGUGUGGAAAUGGACUGGGAAUUGAAUUACGGAUAUGAAGGAUAUGAAUAUAUCGAUAACGGUGCCGCUGCUGCGGAGGAGGUGCAGGAAAAGGGAAGGAUAAUCUUCCGGCGUCUAGCCAAAAUGUUGAAGAGUAUGGCACCGCAUUGCGAUGAACUUUGCCUGCAACGAUGCGAGUUCAGUUCUCUGGAAAAAAUGAGCGUCAUUAUUCCGCACGCGACAGUGAAACUGGAUGCAGCGGAUAUAGAGGCACAAUUCUGGGAUCUGUACGAGGCGCAACUAUCUCGCGAGGGAGUGAAUUUAGAGGAGAUGGCGGAGUGGAUUCGAACCGGAGCGAAAAACCUUCGUGCAAUGGUCGUGCAGUAUCUUAUGGUCUGGCAAAGUCGCGAUCCGCGCUCCACGACUCCGUAUCGUGGUCACAAAUGGACACUGGGCAACCUCAAGGAUCUGGAUGUGUCCAAGCUGACCACCCUCACGCUGCGUGCUUUGAAAGAACGCCUCCCACUGGAGAAGAUUUAACUGGAAGAUGACGAAGUUGAAGCAGCGCAUUAAUGGCCCAUCUGGCGUCGAGUUACGUCGAUAUCGGGAACGGUUGUGUCGCAGUUAACAGAAUUAUUAGCUAGCACAUCUCUUCAUUGCUUCAGAUUUCUUGAUUUUGGUGUCGGAAACUGGAGUGUUUGAUUUCUUUAGUACAAUCAAUCAGGGGAGCGGUUAGCACUUAGCAGACUGUGAGAAGUACUGCCAUGACUUCUUUUGUACUCUCUGUUGUGAGACGUUGGUCUGCGCUCCCCUCUAAUCAGCGAAGCUCUCGGGGCUACGUGACCUAGUAUUACGGUCGU